AUGGCCGAGAUUGUGAGCGAAAGCACCCCCCUCACUGGAGUCGUCUUACCCCGCAAGCCGACAAUUGUUCGUCGCAUUUUUUGGUUUUUGAUGCCCUCCUUUGUAGCCCAUUAUUUCCAUCCCGCCCAAGAUGAAGAAGGAGUCGCUGCUCCCCCAAAGCCAUUAUUCCCCACGUCGUACCUCAAUAGCCUACGGGGCAUCGCCAGCCUCAUUGUCGUCUUCCAGCACAACAGCAGCGAAUAUUUCCAGUCCAACUACCGCGGAUGGGGCGACCAAGCCGACGACCAUUACAUUAUUCAACUUCCAUUUAUCCGAGUGCUCGUCAGUGGCGGUUUCAUGGUCGCCAUCUUUUUCGUCAUCAGUGGCUUCAGUCUUGCUUAUGGGCCGCUUGAGAGGAUAUACCGCGGCGACACAGACGCGGCCAUCGGAAGCCUACCUUCAAGCCUCUUUCGACGGCCUUUUCGCCUUUUUUUGCCAGCGGUGCCGAUUGUCAUAAUCUGCGCAGUCAUGAGACGCUUCGAGGUUCUGUAUGGGCAUCAGCAGCGGAAACCGAUUCCGUUUACAGAUGAGCCUGGUAUACUGGGACUGCUGAUGGCGACGUGGCGCGGAUUCAUGGCCGUCAUCCGCGUCGAAGGAGAUACCUUGGACAAGCUACAGUUGUGGACCCUCAGUAUUGAGUUUCAAGGAUCUCUGGUCGUCUUUUUGUGCUGCCUCGCUUUCGCACGCACCAGCCCGAACGUUAGAAUCUCGUGCAUCUUUUUGCUGGCCGUCUUCUACAUGGGUCUCUCACUCUGGCCGCUUUCCUUGUUUCUCGCUGGUAUGAUACUGGCUGAGAUGCGGCUUCGUCGUAGUUCGAUCGAGCGGUCUGAGAUUUAUCGCACUGCAGCCACCACCAUGUCUUGGUGGGCUCUGUUCAUCGCAUCGUUAUUUUUUGGGGGUUGGCCUACACAUGGCAAUGUUGGAUCGACCUUUGCAUUCCGCCUGCCGUAUGACACUUUGCAGUCCAUCCUGCAAGACGGCAGACAUUACUGCUGGUACAGAAUGAGAGGCACCAUGGCAGCUGUACCGCUCCUCGAACUGGUUGACCACGUUGGAGAAUGUAUGAACUUCUUGAAGGAAUCUGAUGGCUAUCCCUUCUGGCUCCUUGUUUGA